CGCCUGGAUCGCUCUCGUCGCGGCCCCUCUCGCCGGACCCCCGGACCCCGAUGGCUCGGACGGGGCUUGCGGGCGCCGCUGGAUGCUGGUGGGGACUCGCGCUCGGCUUGACCGCGUUACUCCUCCCAGGUGCGUACACCCAGAUAGUCCAGGUAAACGAUUCCAUGUAUGGCUUCAUCGGCACAGAUGUCGUGCUGCACUGCAGCUUUGCCAACCCCCUGCCCGGUGUGAAGAUCACCCAGGUCACGUGGCAAAAGGCCACCAAUGGCUCCAAGCAGAACGUGGCCAUCUACAACCCAGCCAUGGGUGUUUCGGUGCUGAAUCCCUACCGUGAGCGUGUAGAGUUCCUGCGGCCCUCCUUCACUGACGGCACCAUCCGCCUCUCCCGCCUGGAGCUAGAGGACGAGGGCGUCUACAUCUGCGAGUUUGCCACCUUCCCCGCUGGCAACCGCGAGAGCCAGCUCAACCUCACAGUGAUGGCCAAGCCCACCAACUGGAUCGAGGGCACACAGGCAAGGCUCCGGGCCCGGAAGGGACAGGAUGACAAGGUUGUGGUGGCCACUUGCACAUCAGCCAAUGGGAAGCCUCCCAGUGUGGUAUCCUGGGAGACUCGACUGAAGGGCGAGGCGGAGUACCAGGAGAUCCGGAACCCCAAUGGCACGGUGACUGUCAUCAGCCGGUAUCGCCUGGUGCCCAGCCGGGAGGCCCACCAGCAGUCGCUGGCCUGCAUUGUCAACUACCACAUGGACCGCUUCCGGCAAAGCCUCACCCUCAAUGUGCAAUACGAGCCUGAGGUGACCAUCGAGGGGUUUGAUGGUAACUGGUACCUGCAGCGGACGGAGGUGAAGCUCACAUGCAAAGCUGAUGCCAACCCCCCAGCCACAGAGUACCACUGGACCACGCUAAAUGGCUCCCUCCCCAAGGGUGUGGAGGCCCAGAACAGAACCCUUUUCUUCCGGGGACCCAUUACCUAUAGCGUGGCCGGGACCUACGUCUGUGAGGCCACCAACCCCAUCGGCACCCGCUCGGGCCAGGUGGAGGUGAACAUCACAGAGUUCCCCUACACCCCAUCUCCUCCCGAGCACGGGCGGCGUGCGGGACCUGUGCCCACAGCCAUCAUUGGGGGUGUGGCAGGCAGUGUGCUGCUGGUGGCCAUCGUGGUGGGUGGCAUCGUGGUGGCCCUGCGCCGACGCCGCCACACCUUCAAGGGCGACUACAGCACCAAGAAGCACGUGUAUGGCAAUGGCUACAGCAAGGCGGGCAUCCCCCAGCACCACCAGCCCAUGGCCCAGAACCUGCAGUACCCGGAUGACUCAGACGAUGAGAAGAAGGCCGGCCCGCUGGGCGGGAGCAGCUACGAGGAGGAGGAGGAGGAGAGCGGUGGAGGGGGCGAGCGUAAGGUGGGCGGCCCACACCCCAAAUAUGACGAGGAUGCCAAGAGGCCCUACUUCACAGUGGACGAGGCUGAGGCCCGUCAGGACGGCUACGGGGACCGGACUCUGGGCUACCAGUACGACCCUGAGCAGCUGGACUUGGCUGAGAACAUGGUCUCUCAGAACGACGGGUCUUUCAUUUCUAAGAAGGAGUGGUACGUCUAGCACCCCCCCUUUCUGGGGAGCCUCUGUCUGCGCCCCCUCCUCUCUAGCCCGUACCCGCACGCCCCCUGCCCACCCCAGUGCCCCCACCCACUCCUCCAGGAGCUCGGCGGAGACUCCCCCAAGCUACCCAAAGCCAGCCCCAAAUUCCUGGGGAGCCGGGGAGCCCGGGCAGACAUGACCUGCUUUGUUCCCAACCCCACGUCCUCCCCAUGGUGUGCUGUUAACGUGUGGCUUUGGUGUUGCUGUACCCCUCCUGCCCCAGCCCGCCAGCUGCCCCUCCCCAUGCAGGAAGCCCUGUCCCCUUCUUGUGUGCCCAGGCACCUGCCAGGGUUUGGGGAGCCAGCCCCUCUCCCCCUAACACUGGAAUCUGUUUGUGUUCUCUCCAUUCGGGGUGGAGGGCUGAAGGGGGCUCCAAGAGGAAGAGCCUCUACCCCACCCCCAGAUGCUGCUCCCCUUUUCCCAGAGAGAGGGAACCCAACACCCCCUCCUCCACCCCUGGACCCUGGUCUAGACAGCAGCUGUACCCAAGAGGUUGGGGGACUGAGCCCCCAGUUGUCUCCUGGGUUGUGACUCGUGGAGGGCCCAGCUGGGACCUCAGUCAGUGUGCUACCUGGAAAGGUGGGUUGCAUAUUUUUUUCCCUCACUGGGCUAAAGAGAGCUAAGCUGGCCCAUCUCGAGCACAUCCCCUCCCCAACCCCAGUCUGCCCCACACAGGGGACACCUCGUGGACUGCGGCCCGCACUUGCCAUCCCCCUGCACCAACACACGUGCACGCCUACAUGCACACGCACACCCCUCCUAACUGCCCCCACAGCCCGGGGCCACAUGCCUUACCAGGCUGGUCACUGCCCAAGCCUGUCCCUCAGCCCUGCCUCUGCCCCUUCCUAGCUGGGGCAACGGCGGCCUCUGGGGACAUCCACCUGAAGGCCUCAGGCUGGCCCUGCACUGCUUCUCACUGCAAGGAUGUUGCUCGGGGCUCAGCCUGGUUCUCUAGUGGAUUCAGGUCUGGGGUCCCUGGAAGAGAUUAGCUCCAGGAGCCGGAGGGGAAGAGAAUCCACAUGGAGGCCCCAUGGAGGAGGCCAAUGUGGCAGACGGCAAGCCCAGUCAGGGCUCAAGAGCACAGGAAGCCCUCACCUAUGAGGGCAGGUGUCCUGGGCUUGACAAAGCAUAGGAGCAAUGAGGCAGUCUGGAGAGCCUGGUCAGGAGCCCCCACUUGUCCCUCCCCAUGCCCUGCCCAGCUCUCUCUGCUCUCCCUUCUGCACUGGGGCGGGGGGUGGAGGGGGGUUAUCUUGGAGAAGUUUUCCUUCCAUGCCAUAAAGGUAUAGCUCCAUUGACUGGGGCUCUGGGCUCCAGCUGGGCACCCAAGCCUCAGUCUUCUCAUCAGUACAAUGGAGGAAGGGCCCUGCCAGCCCUCUCUCAGCUCCCCCAGCUCCAAGUGCCUCAGUUCCUCCAUCUACCGCCCAGCCCCCCUAGCACCCUAGGUGGGAGAGACCCUGGAAUGGGAGAGGCUGGCUCGAGCCGGUCAGUAAGGCUACCCGUGAACUUGGCCCAGAGUGCCAUGGGCUUUGUAGAAUGGCAUGUGGUGGGGGCAGACCACAGGCACCAACCAACCCUGCCAUAGGCCUUCCAAGGGAACCCCAACCCCUGCUGUGUUCCUCCCCUCCCUGGUGCUGCUACUGAACCCCCAGCCAGUCCCACCUCUGCCUUGGCCACCCUUGACCAGCACCCCACUGCCCCCGCCCCAGCCCAGGCUGCCCAGUAGCCACGUAGCAGAAGUCUGAAGCCAUGCCAGCCUUGGGGCGGCUCUCCCCCCAUGGCAUGGGGGGUCCUGAAUGGGGUGGAGUUGGGAAAAAAGUUCUGGGUCCUUUUCUAGCUGCAGGAGGUGGAGGAGCUGGGCAGCUUCUCCCAGCAGUAUUAGUGCCCCCACCCACUAGCCACCACCCACACACACCCAGGCAGAGGACCUUUCCCAUGUCACCUCACUGCCCAUCCCACCUCAUGCCACUCUAGUAGCUCUGCCUGGUCCCCCUGCCCUCAGGCAGAGUGAAACCCAAGGGGCCUGCUGAGAGAGGCAUUCUCUGUCCCCUUGAAAUGACCAAGUGAAAGGAUUCCCUCUGUGUCUCCCUUAUCCUGCACUGCCACCCCCGACUCCCCCUUUAUAUGAUGGACUUGGAGCCCCUUCCGGGCCCAGCCAAAGCACUGAGUUGCCCCACCCACCCCCACCCCAGAUACCUCCACAACCUUCUCCCCAAGCAAAGCACAAAUUGUGGGUUCUCGGCCACAUGCAUGAGCCACAUUGGGAGUCCCUGCCUUGCCAGGGACCCAGCCACAAACUGCCCACUGGGGCAGCUGCUCCCCGCCAAGAGUGGGAAUGAGGCAGGGGCUGGCACUUGGGCCUGGGGAGGUGAGGUCUGUGCCCCAACUUUGUGGCACUGCUGCUGGACUCACAGACACAGCUCUGUGCAGCAGGGAGCCCCAGCCCUCAGAAAGACGACGGCUACUGCUCUUCCAUGUGCCUAGCCUGAGCUGAGCUCUCACCGUCCAUGCAAUGAAACAGAUGUGGUAUCUGCUGUGCCAAGGCCUCGCCGGUUGCCAUCCUGCCACUCCACCCGCACCCCUAGUUCCUUAUGAUGUUGGUAUUGUUCAGAUACGUAACAGAACCAGAGUCCCCUGGGACUGGAAGGGUCCGAAGAGCAGCAGGACAGGGUCGGUGAACCCAGGUUCAGCUCACGCUCAUAUGCACAGUGACACACAGACAGGGCAGAGGGCUGGACCGAGCCUGCAGAAAGUGAUUUCCCAGGGCUGGUGCCUCACUGGGAUACCAGGCUCGAGACUUCUCUGUCCUCUCCCUUCCCUGUGCCCGGUCACUGGUGCAAUAAUCUCCGCACCCCCUUCCAGUAGAGGAAUCAGGAAGUAGGCAGAGACUGUAAGUAUGUGUGUGUGUGCACCCCAUCACUGUGGGGGCGGGCACAGACCUCCAAAGCAUGACACCUCCCCACCCCCAAAACACACACCUGUACUUCCCUCGAGUGAAGUGAAGUGCAUGGUUGGGAGGUGGGGCCUCCCAGGCGCCUCAUACCCACAGAGACCUGCUGUGGGGUCCCAGCUUCCACCACUCAAGUCUAAGGCCCAAGGGCCAGCCCACCAGUGCUGCUGCUGUUCGAACUCCUGCUGGGAGAUGGGAAUCUUGGCCAGAAAAGAAAAUGGUUUUCCCUUUUUGUAUAAAUGGAAACAAAAUCCAGGAGACGUUGCCACCCUCCCCCCCAAGUGUGAUAGACUACCUUUGCUUCAGUUUCCUUGUCACCCUUUUUGUCUUUUGGUCCUGGGGACGGCCCAGCAGGUUCUCCUGGUUCUGACCCAGGGGGUGUUUGCAUCACCUCCUUUUACUUGUAUAAAAAAAUAAAAAUAUGAUGGGUUGAAAAAAAAUGUACUGAGGGGAAAAAAAUGUACUUUUUUAUAAAUAAAGUGUUUAAAACAAC